CUCAAAAAAAACUUUAUAUACGUAUAAAACACACAAUAAACAUUACAUAAAUAAUUGCUUAAAUUCUCAUUAAAAUCGUUUGUCAAACACAGUCUGUUUUGCAGAGGUAUAAAUUAACAGAUUCCGCCUGAGAAGAAAACAGUCGGCGGAGAGAUCGGAUAAGGAAAGAAAAUUCAGCUCAAAAUCCGGCGAGAAACCCAUGAGUUGGCCGAUUAAACUCGCCAACAACUAAGAAUUUCUCUUCAAAAAUGUCGAUGGACAGGCACGGUUCUUCCUUCGUUGCAUCUCCCGAAGAAACCAACCUGUUCCUUGACAUACUGCAAGAAGCUCCCUUAUGUGGUCACCGGAAGCGAACGAGGAUACUUGGAAGUAUCUUUUAUUGUAUUUUAUUGGCAAGUUAUGCAAUUUUUGCUGUGGGAGUUACCUGGAUUCUUCAGUCUUUGGAAGAAUUAAUUGUCUCACUACUCUGUAGCUGCAAUGUCAUUCUUUUGGCCGUUACAGGCAUUUUUCAACAAUAUUUGGUUUACCAAGUUCAGAAGAUACGCCUACAGGGUUAUUAUGGUUUCAGCCAAAAGUUGAAGCAUAUAAUUCGCCUACCAUUUGCUACUAUUGCAUAUGGAACUGCUGCGAUGCUGCUUGUCAUGGCCUGGAAGCACCAUAUAAGUUUUCUAUCAAUUUCGAUGCUACUCAGGAUUAUUAUGCUGGUUGAAGCAGUAUGUGCAGGUUUUUUCAUGAGCAUUUACAUCGGUUAUGUGCACCAGUACAAUUCAUUGGAUUCCCAACCUGAUGUUUUGAACUCAUUGUACUCUCCACUGCAACAAUCAAGUCCUUUAGAAGGAUUGAGGUACCAUGAUGGGGGGCGGCUGUCAGAUCAGCAGAUGGCAUUGCUGCAGUAUCAGAGAGAAAACCUUCACUUUCUCAGCGAGGAGAUUCUUAGACUGCAAGAAUGUUUGAGCAAAUAUGAGAGAACUGAUGAUGGGAGCACACCUCAGGUUGAUCUGGCGCAUUUGUUAGCAACUCGUGAUCAAGAACUACGGACACUUUCGGCAGAGAUGAACCAGUUGCAGUCUGAACUUCGACUUGCUCGCUCUCUGAUAGCUGAGAGAGACUCAGAGAUUCAAGGUGUUCGCAAUACUAACAAUCAGUAUAUCGAGGAGAAUGAAAGGCUUAGAGCUAUACUGGGGGAGUGGAGCACGAGAGCAGCUAAGCUGGAGCGUGCGUUGGAGGCUGCAAACCUGUCCAACUUGGAAUUGCAGAAGAAACUUUCAUCCAAGACUCAGACUACACCCGAUCAAGCAGAUCAGUGAGUCCACUAAUCAUACUCUCUCAUUGUAUCUCGUUUCCCCGUUUGUCGGGUGCAUUCACUUGACUCUAGAGUCUUCUAGACUUCCAUUCUUUUCUUUUCUUUUCCCCUUGUAUAGGAGAGUGUAGACAGAAGAUUAAGUUUACUGAUUGGGAGUUUGCUCAAAAGAAAGUGUAUAGGAAUUUGAAUUUUAGCAAGCCCUUAUUUUGAGUUUACUGAACUUGAGCAAGAUGAUUUCUGAUUCUUUUUAUUUUUUAA